AACCAACCAAUUUGCACUCUACCCAAAUCACUUCUAUACUUCCCCAUAAUGUUCACCUUGACUGUUCCCGAGGGCUACGGCGCCGUCAUCGCCGUCGCGCUGGGCGCCAUCCCCGUGCUGGGGUUCGUCCACGGCAUCGUAACGGGCAGCACCCGAAAGAAGGCCCAAAUCCCCUAUCCCCACACCUACGCGACCGUCGAGCAAUGCAAGGCUGAUCCCAAAGCCGAGCAAUUCAACUGCGCCCAGCGCGCGCACGCCAAUUUCCUGGAGAACUCCUCCCAGACCAUGCUCUUCACGUUGGUGGCCGGGCUGAAGUACCCGCAGCUGGCGGCGGGCCUGGGCGCGGCGUGGGUGGUCUUGCGGGCGCUGUUCCUGCACGGAUACGUGUACUCGGGCAAGUCGGAGGGUAAGGGUCGGUACCGGGGGGGCCUGUUCUGGUUGGUGCAGGGGGCGUUGUGGUGGUUGACAGUUUUUGGCGUCGCGAAGGAGUUGUUCUAGACGGGUGCGCGGGUUGUCUUCUGGAUGGAGUCGGUGAGGUUAGGGGAGGGGGAUGAGGAUGGGUUGAUCGUCCUGUGUACUAGUAUACUAGGUAGUUAAUAUUCGCGAGGGAAUCUGUUAGGUUUGUA